AUUGUAUACACAUACGAACAUACUUAUUGCGAGGCAACAAUGUAGUAGUCAGACAUGAAUACACAUAUAUAUUUAUGCUUAUAAAAGGCAGGUGCCGAAGUUGGUGACGGUAGUCUCCAGUGUCCAGUAGUCUUUCGCAUACUGUUCAUUCGCAAAGUUGUCCGUAGAUUAUUGUGGUGGUUACGCGUGUCGGAGGAAUUGUUGGGGGCUUAAUUGUCAAUUAAAACUUCGCUGGUGUCAGAUAAAAAAAAAAUAACUCAAGAUGUUGCAACUAUCACCAGCGUACAUGGAGCGGUUCCAGCCAAAUUAUUCUUAUGUAUUUGAAUUUGAGAGAAAAUUUGAGCAUGAAAAUACACGUGACUGGAUGACAGAUCAUUGGAAGAAUUCAGUUUACUUUGGUGCUAUUUACUUGGUAGCAAUAUUUGCCGGGCGUCAAUGGAUGGCUAAUAGACCUAAGUAUGACCUAAGAGGAUUACUGACUGUGUGGAAUAUUGCUUUGGCGAUAUUUUCAAUAAUGGGUGUUGUUAGGACUGUACCAGAGUUCUAUCAUGUGCUAAAAAACUACGGAUUCUAUCACAGUGUCUGUGUACCCAGUUUCAUGUUCAACCGAGUGUCUGGUUUCUGGGUAUGGAUGUUUGUGCUGUCAAAAUUACCGGAGCUGGGUGACACUCUGUUCAUCGUGUUAAGAAAACAGCGGUUGAUAUUUCUUCACUGGUACCACCAUAUGACUGUGUUGAUGUACGCGUGGUUCUCGUACGCGGAGUACUCAGCCCCAGCACGCUGGUUCGUCGUCGUGAAUUACACUAUCCAUGCAAUGAUGUAUACAUACUACGCAUUGAAAGCAAUGCGGUACUCGCCGCCUACGUGGAUUGCGAUGAUGAUAACGACACUGCAAAUAGCGCAAAUGAUUGUCGGAUUUGCCAUAACUAUUUGGGUUUACCAAAUGUAUGUCUCACAUGGUCAGCGUGAAUGUCAUAUUACCAUGACAAAUAUCCGCAUCAGUGCUCUAAUAUACAUCAGCUACUUGGUACUAUUCGCAAAAUUCUUCCGAGAGGCCUAUAUGACUAAAAGAAGUACUUCUACGGAUAAAAGUAUCCACAAAAAAUCCCAGGACAGUAAAGAGUACAAUCUCAAUGGCAAGCUCAAGAGUAAUUAAAUUCUUAUUAUUGUUAUUACUCUAAUAAGAGACAGUUUAUUAUUAAAAGUUUUAUUCAGCACAUCUAGAACCUUAAGUCUUAGGACUAAGCAGGCGCCUCGAUUGACAAAGCUAACGUCAGCGAAUUAUUUAAAACUAGUUUGUAUUUUAUUUUUAUUUUUAAAAAAAUGGAACGCACUUAUAGCUACUUUUGAGAGAAAAAAAAAAAAAUUAUGCACUGGAACAUCUCGGCAGUGAUAUGAUAAAUAUAUUAAAUGAUCCAGGGCUUUGCUCAAUGUCGCAGCACAAAUAAAAUCAAUGAUCGUUAAAAAAAAAGUGACAAAAGAUUGAUUAUGAUAACGAUAAAUAAAUAUUAACAAGUGUCAACUGUGAAAAGCGUAUAAAUGUUGAUAGGAAAAACGUUAUUAUGAAUUAUUAUUAUUAUUAUUAUUAAUUGUCUGUAGUAUGUAAAGAGAUAUAUGUAAGUAAUGUGGGCACUGAGAGACAGGUAUUUAAAAUGUUAUCGUUUACUGAAAACCGGUCUCUGGUUUAUCCGUUCUCUUUCUCGCUUAAAAUCCUCGUGUCCGUAUGUUUAACAUCAACAACGGAUUAUCUUUCUCUAUUGAGAGAGUCAUCGACUGCUUAUAUUUUCCCUUCGUGUCACGGACUAAACAUUUCUUUAUUUUAUACAGUUUAACCUACUUCCAUGUGCUCGUGAGUGACCUCAACAAGUCUGAGAAUAAUAACAAAAAAAAAUUACUGAAAAAAUAUUUGAUUAAUUUUUCUGUACCUUUAACAUUAUAAAUAUUUAUAAAUUGUGAUUUGACAGUCCAAUUGAAAUUAAUAUUUGCAUUUAUUAUUGAGUUCAUGAUAUUCAAUCAGAUGUCGUAUUUUCCGCAUAACUACUUAUUGAUAUAAUAAUAAUAAUUAAUCAUUGUCAAAUGGUAAUUCUAUUGCUCUUUGAUAGAUUUAUAAUUCAAUUAUGUCAUCACCAGACAGUUUUUCUACUUCGAUAAAAAGAUACCUAGAUUAAAGACAGUUCAAUAACACUAUUAUUUAUAUUACUCGAUUUUAUUUUCAUUUUUUCUGGUAAUAUUAAAUAUAUAAUAAUGAUAUGAAAACACGUCUUACACAUAAUCUAUUCCAUAACUUAUUUUAUUAUGUUAAGUAGAGAUUAUAACAAAAUGUUUUUAUUAUCUAUUUGACGAUUAUUCCUUCUGUUUACCAAUACGAUGACUCAUUUGGCUUCCAUCAACUGUAUUCCAAGAUAUUAUGUGUAUAAAGUUACACACAUAGUGUUAAAGUGUCUGAAAAAAAUAAAAAAAAAAAGCUUAUGUCGGUAGCACAAUUUUUUUUUUAUCUCUAUUAUUCUUUAUACUUAUAUUAUACUGUAUAAAUUAAAUCGUGGUCUUCAAUUUUGUGUGUAACAUUAAUUAUUAUAAAACUAUCGAUCCAAAAGCGUACAUAUAAUUUAUUGAUAGUAAUUGAAUUUUUAAUGAAUCGCUAAUAACGUACAAAAGCACGGAUUUAAACACGAGGAUAAAAAAUAAAUUUUAUUAUUUAUGAGAAAGAGAACGGACGGGUUUUCCCUGCCAGGGAAAAUUUAUUUUUUAAUAAUCGCACCAUUGAAAAUAAUUUUGUUGGAUUUAAUUUAAUUACUUAAGAUAUUUUGAGAUCUGUUUGUGUUUUUUAUAUACAUAUAUUAUUUAUAAAUAGUACAGGUAUAAAUUUGUAAUGCAAAUUUUUGUAAAAUUAUUCUUUUAAUUAAUUGAUGUGUAAAAUUUUAUUUUUAAAGCAAUAGUCGAGGGGAAGGUAAUUGUAAAUUGUGUAGGCUGAAAGUUCAAAAACUAACGGAGCCUUGAAAUAUACGAUUAAUAUUUUAAACGAUUGUAAUAAUAAUGAUAACUAAUAUUAAUAAUAAUAAUAGUCAUGAUUUUUAUGAUAAUUAUUAUUAUUAAUUCUGAAUUUGGUCAUUGUGCUAUUAGCUUAUAAAAUAAUAUGAUGACCGCCCAAGUCAAGCGUUUCGAGCAUUAUUAUAUGUUUGUGAGUCAUUUUAAAUAAAUAUUAAUGUGUAUGUAAGUAAUGUGUAUGCGUAAUUUUAAAGUGUAUGUAAAUGUAUAUGAAUGAAUAGAAGAAAAAAAAAAACAAGAAAUAAAAAAGAGUGAGCAAGAUAAAAAUGCUCGUACGCAACUAUUAUUUUAAGUAAUCAUUUUUUAACGCUGUCAAUACUGCAAUUAAUUUAUAUAAGGGUAAUUCAGUUAACGGGGUACAUUUUGAAAAAUUAGAAUAGUUGAGGGCUUAGUACGGUCAGUAACUUACAAUUAGAAGUAACAUGUUUGAAAAUUUAAUUUCCCAGAAUUGUUGAAAAUAAAUAAUUAAUUAUCUAAUUAAUAAUAAAAUUUAGAAGCUGAUGUGAGACGAGAGAUAAAAGGGAGCUUACUUAAAAUACUUAACGUUAAAUGUUUGUAAUUUUUGCGCAAAUGUUAAAAUAUGAUGUACUGCUUAUUGUUGUUCUCUUGUAGACCAUGAAUAAUGUUUUAGAUUGCGUGAUUGAAUAGAAAGAGACCUAAUUAAAUUUGUAAAAGUAUUACAUCUAAAGCGCGCAGGACGCGCCGCAAAAACUAAUCGAUAUGCACUUGUGUUCGCAAAAUUAAAAAUUUAUUUUCUAAUUGUAUAAGUAUUUUGUGCUUAAGAUUGUUAUAAUUAUUAUUUUUAUUUUUUUUAUUUAUUUAUUAUUGCUUUAAAAUCUCCGUCUCAAGUAAAAUAAUUCGACAGCUCAGAGUUACUAGGGCUUUAUUUUUUUAUUUAAAAUAAAACUAUCCUUUGUGAUUGAAUCUCAAAUCUCGAGUACUAAAUUAUUGAUGUUAAUACAGCCCAGUAGUUGCGUAAUAUUUCUCGAUAUUGAUAUUGAAAUUGAUAUUAUAUAACUGGUAAUUUCUUUAUGCGAAAUACCUGAAUCAACAUGUUAGGGUAAAAAAUAAUAAAUAUUGUCUCUGUAAAGACGUGUCAAUUUUAUCUCUUAAUUAUGACCAUACGCAUCUGGAAUGUGUCUAAAAAUUUUUGUAAUUUAAAUUAAAAGAUAAAAAACAACAAAAUGUACGAAAAUACUAAUUGCUAGUACGAUAAAAUUUCGAGCUUUAAUAUACUAUCAGAAACAUCACAAUUCGAAAGGUUAUUUGCACUCUUGUAUUAUGUUAAUGCGAAAAAUAAAUAGGCAAACGUUA